AUGGAUACGGUAAAUCUCGACGAUAUUCUGAAGCACAAGAACGCACCUAAUUUAUUCUUAAAAAAUGAUCGAAUUAAUCAAAUUUUAAGUUUGAUUAGCAAGGUCAAUGGAUUAAAAUAUGCACUCAUUUGCCUGGGAUUAACUCUCAUUUUUUCAAUUUACUUGGUAUUUGGUUGGGGUAAUGAUUUCAUCUGUAACUUAUCUACAACUAUUCUACCUGUAUUUACUUCAAUAUCAGCUGUUAAAUCAACAGAACCAUAUGAUACAAAAUCAUUGUUGAUCUAUUGGAUUGUUUAUGCAAUACUCGGCUGCUUUGAGUAUUUGGCUUGUAGUUUAUGUAAUUCAUUACGUAUUUAUUGGCUUGUUAAAUUUAUAUUUCUCACUUGGUUUUACAUAUCUGGUGCCGCUAAGGUUAAUAAACUUAUUCAACUUGAUGGUAUUCUCAAAGAUCUUGAAAAAAAAAAUGAAGAAGAAAAUCAAAAUGUAGAAGAAGUCGAAAAACAGCAAGAAGAAGAAGAAGAAGAAGAAGAAGAGGAGGAAGAAGAAGAACAAAAAGCGAACGACGAUGAACCAACUGUCGAACUUACUAUAGAACAAAUUAUUGCUCAAAAUGGUGAUUCUCCAACGCUAAACUUACAAAUGAGAGGAUUAACUAAUGAAGACAUGAAAAUUAUUGGCAAUACAUUAAAAAAUAAUAAGACGGUGACUAAACUCGAUCUUGUAUGCAAUUCGUUUGAGAGCGAAGGAAUUCAAUAUCUGGCUGAUGGUUUAAGCAAUAACACAACAGUAACCGAACUCGAACUUGGUAAUACUGGUGUUUCAGAUGACGGUAUCAAACAUCUAGCAGAUGCUUUAAAAACUAAUACAACACUUACUACAAUUGGACUUUUUAAUAACAAAAUUGGUAUUGAAGGUGCACGACAUUUAGCUGAUGCUUUGAAAAAUAAUACAACUCUCGAAAAGAUCGAUCUCGGAAUGAAUCAGAUUGGAGCAGAAGGAGCUCAGCAUUUUGGCGAUGCGUUAAAAAAUAACACCGGACUCACAGAAUUUCACAUUCAAGCCAAUGAAAUAGGAGACAAAGGAGCCAAAUAUCUGAUUGAUGCUUUACUAAAUAAUAAGACACUCAAAGUAUUAGGUAUUUUCAGCAAUGAAAUCACAGGUGAAGGAUUCAUAAAUUUGGCUGAUGUACUACAAAAAAAUACAACACUCAUCGAACUUCCUCUUCGCAGCAAUCCACUUGGAGUGAAAGGGAUGCAAUAUCUUGCGGAUGUUUUACAAUAUAAAACGGCACUUACAACACUUGAACUAAGCUCCUGCAAUAUUUCGGAUGAAGUGAUUCAAUAUUUGGCUGAUGGUUUACGAAAGAAUACAACAAUCACCAACCUCGAUCUUGGAUGGAAUGAAUUCGGAGACAAAGGAUUUCAAUAUCUAUUUGAAGCUUUACGUUAUAACACGACACUCACAACACUCAACUUAGCAUCGAAUAAAAUGGACACCGAAGGCUUCCAAAGUCUUGCCGAUUGUUUAAAAGAUAAUACGACACUCACCACACUCGAGCUUCCAUCUAGUGGAAUCUCAUCGGAAGGAGCUCGUCAUUUAGUUGAAAUCUUACGAAAUAAUACGACACUCACUACGCUCAACUUUGAAAGCUGUGGAAUUGGAUAUGAAGGAGUUCAAUAUGUUGCUGACGCAUUACGAGAUAAUGCGACACUGACCUCAAUUGAUCUUGGUGGAAAUGGACUUGAAUCCAAAGGAGUUCAAUAUCUGGCUGAUGCUUUACGGAAUAACAAUACGCUGGCAACACUCAACAUCCAAUCGAAUCGAAUUGGUGCUAAAGGAGUUCAACAUCUCGCUGAUGCUUUACAAAGCAACACGGGACUCACUACACUCAAUCUUAAAAGUAAUAGAAUAAAAAACACAGGAACUCAAUAUUUAGCUGAUGCUUUACGAAAUAACAAAACGCUCACUACACUUGAUAUCGGAGAUAAUGAAAUUAAAGGAAAAGGUGUUCAAUAUCUUGCUGAUGCUCUACAAAGCAACACAAGGGGCAAUAGUUCAUUAAAAUAUGCUUUAUUUAUGAAUAGCCUCGAGGAGGAAUCUUGUCGAGGAUUGGGUACUCUCCUUCGUGGAACUUGUAAAGAAUUCAUGACCAGUGCAUAUCAUGUUACUAUCGUUGAUUCAUCAGGUAAUCGUAAUUUUAUGAAGAAUAUGAUUACAGGUAAUUCACAGGCUGAUUGUGCACUUUUGGUAGUAUCAGCUAGUUCGAAUGAAUUUGAAGUUGAUGUAUCGAACGAAGGUCAAACACUUCAGCAUAUUCUAUUGGCAUACACUCUAGGUAUUAAACAACUGAUCAUCAUUGUCAAUAAGAUGGAUAUAACAGAGCCACCUUUUUCCGAAACACGUUUCAAUCAAAUCAAAAGUGAACUAACAACUUAUUUAACGAAUAUUGGUUAUCAGUCAGAAACUGUACCUUAUAUUCCACUAUCAGCAUUGCAUGGUGACAAUCUUAUUGACGCAUCAGAACGUACGCCUUGGUAUCAAGGUUGGUCAAUUGAUUGCAAAGAUAGUUGUGUUACAGGUAAGACACUGCUAGAAGCAUUUGAUGCUAUCAUUCCUCCACAACUUCCAAUUGCAAAACCACUUCGACUACCAAUUCAUGAUGUCUACAAAAUUUCUGGGACUGGUACAGUAAUCGUAGGGCGUAUUGAAACUGGUGUGCUCAAAUCGAAUAUGACAGUAAAUGUUGCUCCAUUAAAUUUAACAACUGUAGUCAAAUCCAUUGAGAUGUAUCAUGAUGCUAUGGAAGAAGCUCAUCCGGGGGACAACAUUGGCUUUAGCGUUCAAGGUAUUAGUACUCGAGAACUUCGACGUGGAUUUGUUUGUUCAGAUGUAACAAAUGAUCCAGCACGAGAAGCUGCAAGUUUUACUGCUCAAAUUAUUUUCCUUAAUCAUCCUAAUCAAAUCUGUCCUGGUUAUACAGCGAUAGUUGAUUGUCAUACUGCUUAUGUUGCGUGUCGAUUUGUUGAAUUUAUGUCAAAGACCUGUCGUCGGACAGGUAGAGUUAUCGAAGAAACUCCAAAAUGCUUUGGAUCAGGUGAAUCUGGUAUUGUUAAACUGAUCCCAAUAAAACCAAUAUGCGUUGAAAAAUUUGUUGAUUAUCCAGCAUUGGGUCGUUUUGCUAUUCGUGAAAUGCGUCAAACUAUAGCUGUCGGCAUUAUUAUAGAAGUCGAAAGGAGAGCAUCUCUUGGUGGUGAAAUGAUCGUAAAGACUAGUUCCGCCACCACCAAAAAAGAUAAUACAUAA